AUGAUCGAAAUCGCCGCCUCGGCCGCCGAACCCAUUCUCACCGUGGUCGUGCCCGGCAACCCCGGCAUCGAUCUCUUCUACCGCACCUUUCUGGCGCUUCUGGCCCAAAAGAGUCCCCGUUUCGACCUCGUUUGCGACUCGUUGAGAGGUUUUGAAGAAGAGGAGGCGCUGGCAGAGGCUGCAGAAUCAGAGUCCGGGUUUGGACUCCAGGACCAAAUAAACCACUUUGUGGCGCUCGUUCGAAGCAGAUUUGAUCCUAAGAAACACGUUGGUCUCAUCAUCAUGGGCCAUUCUGUAGGAGCUUGGAUCGUCCAACGAGUCGCCUGCCAGGUCUCCACUGAAGACCCCAAGAUCCCCAUCUCUCUCGUUGGCCUGCUGACCCCCACAGUCAAGGAUAUUGCCAAGAGUCCCCGAGGAUCUUACUUCACAGCCAUGGACAAACGUAUCGGCUACUACGCCCCCAGCAUUGUGUUCACGGCCGUGCGAGUUGCCAAUUGGAUCCCGGGCUUUGUGCCUUUCGUGGCGUCGCGAGUGUCGUCGCGCGGGGCCAUGCUGCCCCAUACAGCUGCGGGAGACGCGCAAGACCCCUCAGAAGGUAACAUGGGAGCCUACGAUGCCGUAACCCGGUACGCCACCAACCCACGAAUGGUGCGACAGACAGUUGAGCUGGCCAAGGAGGAGAUGCGGGCCAUUGCUUCGGACCCUGAACCCGCUGCUAUCAGUGGCUUCUGGAAGACGCUUCCCAUUUUCGGCUUCUUUGCUAAAGACGACCACUGGGUGGCCGAGGAGACUCGCAAGGAGCUCUUUGAGGAGUUUGGCCACCUACCCAACGUUCAUUUCGUCGUCAAGGACGCCGCUCACGCAUUCUGUAUCCGAGAAAACGAAAAGGUCGUGGAUGCCCUGUUCGCCGACCUUGAGGGCAGAAAGGUGGUUUGA